CUCUGAAGUGACAGCAGCCAGACCAAUAACACACUAACCUCUCUUUAUCUUCAUAAUCUCCUUCAUCUGGACGUUCUUCCUCUCAGAGAGGGGUUUGUGAUUUCACCAUGAGCUCUCUUCACUCCAGACUGCAGCAGCUGCAGAGUCGCUUCACCUGGGAUCUGAAGGAGGAGGACAUGGACCUGGAAAACCUCAGCAUUCGACUACAGGAACAGAUAGACCUUCAGCUGGGACAGCAGAGUGCAGUGGCUUUGUCCUACAGCUUCUUGGCUUAUGUCAGGUAUCUUCAGGGUCGACAACAGGAGGCGAUGUCACUUCUCAACCAAUCAGAGGAGAAGACCAGGGAGUGUUACGGUGAGGAGAGUGAGCGGCGGCUCAUCGUGACGUACGGAGACCAGGCCUGGCUGAAAUACCACACAGGAGACUACACACAGUCACAUAGUUACUGCCAGAGGGUGGACGACAUCCUGGUGAAGUAUCCAACUGGUUCCUCCACAGUUCUCCACCCAGAGGUAUAUGGAGAAAAAGCUUGGACCUACUUUACGUUUGCUAAAUCUUACUACCCCAAAGCUAUUGACUGUUUCUGUAAAGCGUUAGAGCUGCAGCCUGAUGACAGCGAGUGGAACGCUGGCUACGCUAUUGCCCUCUACCGCACAGAACCGAGUGAUUUAGAAACAUCCCAGGAAGAUGAGGAGUCACCGGCCAUCAAACAGCUUCGGCGAGCCCUGGAGAUCAACCCUGAUGAUGGUGUUCUGCUGUCGAUGCUGGCUCUGAAGCUGACCGCCCACAAGAAGCACCAAGAGGCUGAAGCCCUGGUAGAGAGAGCGCUGGAGAAGGAUCCUGACAACCCUCAUGCAAUGCGCUACAUAGCCAAAUAUCUUCGCAUUCAGGGGGAGGAUCAACGGUCUAUUGAACUGCUGAAGCAAGCGCUGGAGAGGACCAACCAGUCGGCUUUCAUCCACCACCAGCUGGCUAUGUGCUACAAGAAAAAGCAGCAAGCAAGCAAGAACAGCAAGCCCUUCAACAAACAAGAGGUGAAGCAGUGGAAGGAUCUGCGUAUUCAACACCUGGAAGAAGCUGUUAAGAUAAAGCCUUCAUUUGUCCUUGCAAUUGCUGAUCUGGCACUGCUGCACGGAGAGGAAAAAAAUUUCAGCAGGGCUGAGGAGCUGUUCCAACAGGGAUUGCAGAAUUUUUCAAAGACAGACAAAAUGAUUUGUCAAGUAUUCCAUCUGAACUAUGCAAACUUUCAGCUCUAUCACACCAAACAGGAAGCUAAAGCGAUCCCUCACUACAUCAAGGGUCUGCAUUUAACACCGAACACAUCGGAGUGGAAACAGUGUGUGAUGAGGCUGAAGAUGAUCGCAGAGCGGCGCCUCUCAGUCGAUGAGAACGACGCCCAGGCUUACGGUCUGUUGGGUCUGGUGGCCAAAGCUGAAGGCGACCAGAAGAAAGCUGAGGAUUUCUGAGAAAGCUCUGCACUACGAUGAAAACAACUUCCAGUACCUGUCUGCUCUGUGAGCUAAGACAAUGAUUUUUAAUCCAAUUUAGUGAUGAUUCUGUAACAUUUAUCCGGAUCAGUGUCCUUCAAGCGCUCUCAUCCUCAGUGUCAUACGUGCAUCCAGUUCAUGUAGUGAUUUCGACAUGUCUUCUAAUUUCAUUGUCAGACCUGUGGUUACACUCAGCAGCUCACCAGACUGCGCCCCGAUGGUGUCAGUCCUCCUCUGCGCUUCAACAGACCGGUCUGAGAUGUUACGAAACAGUUCACCGUUCUGAUCAGCCCUUUGAUUUAAAACCUUCAGCUUUUGGUUCACCCCAUUUAAGCACUCUUUAAGUUCCCCCAGACAGCUUUUGGGUAAAUUUACUGGCGGCUGUCUUACCAAUUUUACAAUAUUGGGAGAUUCCAAGCCCGAUAAUCAGGAAGCCCACUAACAAAAUUCCAAUUAUCCACAAAUCUACAAUGUCCUCCACAGAAAACAUCCAAACAAACCGCUUGCCGGUCUCCCACGAGUCGCGAGCGUAGCCUGCAGCGAAUGUUCCACUGGGAGAGUUCGGCUCACCUGGUGAAGCACGUGGGUGAAAAUCUUGUCAAUAGCGCUGAGUGACCAGUUGAUUAAUUCCAUUUUGAUGGUUUCAGGAGAACAGCAGGCAGGUGGUCGAAAGAAGUUUCCACACGACCAAAGUAGACAGAAAAUAGGAGCAAGAUAAGAGGGGAGAGUAGGAAAAGCUUCAGCUUUGUUUCUGCUUCUGUUGUUUAUCAGGAUGAUUUGAUGUUGUUUUGAAAGAUUUCAUUUGAUUUUCAGAAGGUUUGUCUUUUCUGGGCACUUCUAUCGUCAUCGCCAGUAUUGAUACUGUGUGCAUGGUUAAUUUCUUGUAUUGACAUGAGAUUGUUGUUGUGUUUUUAUCUAGGAAUUUCUUAUUGUUUUGGGAGGUUUGGUAUAUUUGAGUCUGUUUUUAGUUUGCUGUAUGUGGUUUGAUUUGGUUGGCUUUUAUUUAUAUAUUUAUGAAAUGUAAGGUUUGGAUUUAAUUAUUUUUCUUAAUAUCUUGCACACUACUGGCACCUGCUCAAGGAAGGCAGAUGGGAAUUAGCUUUAAGAUUUAUCUGUUACAGUUCAUAUAUAUGCAUUGGCCCUGUCAAAUAAACAUCAAUACAAAAAAAUCAGAGAAACAGCUUCUGCACUUUGUUCAGACACAUUUCCAAUUUCCUGAGCUCUCGAGUUGGUGAGUUUAGACAGUCAGCUGUCAGGAGCAAAGUUGCACUUUACUGUUAUAUUUUUUUUUAUUGUAUCUGUUCUUGUUGAGACUGUAGCACUGAAAAUUUUAAUUUCGUUCCCUGAUGAUGAAUAUUGUCUAUGAAGAGAAUGACCUGGACCUCAAUACAGUAAGAUGACUAC